CAAAGAGAAAUAUGUACGCCGGUACUGCGCGCGAUAACUUUAUCAUGUACGUAGGUUACGUCACUGGGCAAUAACAGUUUAAAAAAUCACAUGUGAUCUGAUCAAAUUCACUCAUAAAGCGAAAAUGGUUCGCGUGUGGUACAUGGACAACAGCGACGAUGAUCAACGGCUACAACACCAUAAAGUACCACCUCAAUUCCUCUCCCUCGAGGACUUGUUUGUCAAAACAGGUGUCGAAUACUUCAAGUUGCUUAAUAUUUUUCAUGCUUGGCAAUUGUAUUUGUAUACAAUUAUUCCGACUUAUUUCGAAGAUGAAUUAUCUAUCAAUCACGAAGCCUAUAAAAAUGAUAACAUACUGACAGAAUUGAAAAGGAAACGUGGUUAUACCUAUGAAGAUGAAAUUAUAUGUUCCAAAGACUGUCUACCAAAUUACGACGAGAAAUUACGGAACUUUUUCACCGAACACCUUCAUACCGAUGAAGAAAUAAGAUUGGUAUUGGAUGGGUCAGGAUACUUUGAUGUCAGAGACAAGGAUGAUCAAUGGAUACGUAUUGAAGUUACACCUGGAGAUUUAAUAAUCAUUCCCAGUGGAAUAUACCACAGAUUUACCUUAGACACGAAUAAUUACAUAAAAGCAAAACGUUAUUUCGUGGGAGAACCUGUUUGGUUACCAUAUAACAGACCAGCUGAUAAUAUGGAAUGCCGUAAGAAUUAUCUUAAUCGUUUGAACAACGGUUUUCAAGAUCAAGCUGCUUAAUAUAAUAUCUUCUGCAUACAUUCCUCGUAUACAUAUUUUCAAGAAAAAUAUUGCAUGCCUUAGAAAAUGGUCCACUAAUUUUUUAUUAAAGUAGCAACAGCAUUCGACGAAUUACUUGUUUGACAAUAAUCUUGUAUAAAUUGCUAUUAGAUGCGUUAAUAAAUAUUACAUUUUGCGAAAAGUG